CUUAGCGGGACAGGCCGGAGCGGGAGGGAGCGAAGCAUCGAGCAGUGAGCGAGUGAGCGCACGCAGUGGCUGUGGCCCCAGUCCCUUCAGGCGGCUGCUCUGCCACCAAGGGGGCUGAGGUGGGGGUGGGGGUACGCUGAGACAUCGGUUCCAAGUCCUCCCUCCGUCUCCCCCUUGUCGGUCCGACGUUUUGGGCCUGGAAAGUGGGACAAGAUGCAGCACCGAGGCUUCUUCCUUCUCGCCCUUCUUGCCCUCUUGGUGGUCACGUCCGCGGUGGCCAAAAAAAAAGAGAAGGUGAAGAAGGGCAGCGAGUGUUCGGAGUGGACCUGGGGGCCCUGCACCCCCAGCAGCAAGGACUGCGGCAUGGGCUUCCGCGAGGGUACCUGUGGGGCCCAGACCCAGCGCGUCCAUUGCAAGGUGCCCUGCAACUGGAAGAAGGAAUUUGGAGCCGACUGCAAAUACAAGUUUGAGAGCUGGGGGGCGUGUGAUGGGAGCACUGGCACCAAAGCCCGCCAAGGGACCCUGAAGAAGGCGCGGUACAAUGCCCAGUGCCAGGAGACCAUCCGCGUGACUAAGCCCUGCACCUCCAAGACCAAGUCAAAGACCAAAGCCAAGAAAGGAAAAGGAAAGGACUAAGUCAGGAGGCCAGAGAGCCUCCGGCCUCGCCUGGAGCCUGAACGGAGCCCUCCUCUCCCACAGGCCCAAGAUAUAACCCACCAGUGCCUUUUGUCUUCCUGUCAGCUCUGUCAAUCACGCCUGUCCUCUCACGCCCACACCAAGUGCCCAAAGUGGGGAGGGACAAGAGAUUCUGGAAAGUGAGCCUCCCCAUACCCUCUUUUGUUCUCCCCACCCUGAUACUUGUUAUUAAGAAAUGAAUAAAAUAAACUCACUUUUUUCCAAUAAAAGCUUCUUUUUUAAUAUA